AUUCUGAUAAAAUCCUUAAACCCUAACCCUAACACUCUCUCUCCGUCACCUUUUCUUCUCGCAAAUCCUCCAAACAAUCGCCACUCACACAUUCAUUCACCGCUCCAAAUAUGAAGAAACCUAAGCAAAAAGCAAACCGCAAGACGCUUCGCAUGAACGAAGUAGAAGAAAUCGAAACCCUGAACUCAUGGAUCGACUCUCAGAAGCCGGACUCCGGCACCAAUCCUCUAUCCUUUCCGCCGAUGAAUAAGAAAGCACCCGUCGGGCGUAUUGGUGUAGGUGAGUUCUCCUCGUAUGUGGGGGCCACGAGAUUCGAUCAAUUGCCCAUAUCAAGGAAUACGAAAAAUGGACUAAAAGAAGCCGGCUUUGUGAAAAUGACUGAUAUACAAAGGGCUGCUUUGUCUCAUUCAUUGUGUGGGAGAGAUAUUUUGGGGGCAGCCAAAACUGGGUCCGGAAAAACUUUAGCUUUUGUAAUUCCAGUUUUGGAGAAGUUGUAUAGAGAGAGAUGGGGUCCCGAGGAUGGUGUAGGCAGUAUCAUAAUAUCUCCCACCAGGGAAUUAGCUGAUCAGCUUUUUGAUGUAUUGAAAGCUGUUGGCAAGUACCAUAAUUUCAGUGCUGGGCUCCUAAUUGGUGGUCGCAAAGAUGUUGAUACAGAGAAGGAGCGUGUAAAUGAGCUGAACGUUUUGGUUUGCACCCCUGGGCGGCUCCUUCAGCACAUGGAUGAAACACCAAACUUUGAAUGUUCACAGCUUCAGGUUUUGGUGCUUGAUGAGGCAGAUCGUAUUCUUGAUGUUGGCUUCAAGAAGACUUUAAAUGCAAUUGUCUCACAGCUUCCAAGACACAGACAGACUUUUCUUUUCUCAGCUACUCAAACAAAGUCUGUUCAGGAUCUUGCAAGACUGAGUUUAAAAGACCCUGAGUAUCUCAGUGUGCAUGAGGAGUCUGUGACAGCUACUCCUAAUCACUUGCAGCAGACUGCAAUGAUCGUUCCCCUUGACCAAAAGCUAGACAUGUUGUGGAGUUUCAUAAAGGCACACCUUAAUUCAAAGAUUCUUGUGUUUCUUUCAAGCUGCAAACAGGUAAAAUUUGUCUUUGAAGCUUUUAAGAAAUUGCGUCCUGGGAUACCUUUGAAGUGUCUUCAUGGUAGGAUGAAGCAGCAGAGAAGAAUGGGAAUAUAUUCCCAGUUCUGUGAGAAGCGUUCAGUUCUUUUCUCCACAGAUGUGGCCUCAAGAGGUCUUGAUUUUAAUAAGGCAGUUGACUGGGUUGUCCAGGUGGAUUGUCCAGAAGAUGUUGCAUCCUACAUACACCGAGUUGGCCGAACGGCCCGCUAUAAUUCUGGUGGGAGGUCAGUCUUAUUUCUAAUGCCUUCAGAGAUGAAAAUGCUUGAAAAGUUGCGAGAAGCAAAAAUACCCAUACAGUUUACAAAGGCAAACACAAAAAGGCUGCAGCCAGUUUCUGGCUUGUUGUCGGCCUUACUUGUCAAGUAUCCUGAUAUGCAGCAUCUGGCACAAAGGGCCUUCAUCACAUAUUUGCGGUCAAUUCACAUUCAAAAGGAUAAAGAGGUUUUCGAUGUGAUGAAACUUUCUAUCGAUGAAUUUUCAGCCUCAUUGGGUCUUCCUAUGACCCCAAAAAUCCGAUUUUUGAACCAGAAGAUUAAAGGGAAAAAGCUGCCUGGAAAACCCUCAGUUCUUGAAUUAGAAAAUAAUGAGGGGGAAGAGGAUGCCUCAGCAAUUCCUAAGGAGGAUCUGCUUGUUGAUGAUUCGAAGGAAGAGAAGGUGGACAGAGAUAUUGUUCUAAUGAAGGAUAACCAGUAUGAGGGGAAAGCUAGCUUGAUAGAAGACGUUAUUCCAGCAACUAGGAUUUUGAAGAAAAAGAAGUUGAAGAUAAACAUCCAUAGACCUGUGGGCACCAGGGUUGUCUUUGAUGAAGAAGGCAAAACACUACCUCCACUUGCGAUAGUGGCAGACCCCAAUAGUAGCAAUUUCCCGCUUGAUCCAGACCAAAAAUCCGAGUACUAUCGGAAGUUAAGAGAAGAUAUGAAGCAUGCAGACAAGGAAGACAAGCUUCUUGAUCGCCAGCGUCGUAGAGAGAAACGAGUCAAGGAGAAAAUGAAGUGGAAGAAGGGGGACGUGGAAGAAGAGGAUGAGGAUAAUCCCUCUAGGUCAGAAGAAGAAAUGGAGCAUGGAAGAAGGAAAAGGUCAAAGAUAUACUAUGAUAGUGGAAGUGAUAAUGAUAGUGACAAUGAAAAUGGUGAGUGCAAAACAAAUAAGACUAGCAAAGAUUCCAAAGCUGAUUCUAUUACUCUGGAAGAGCAAGAGGCACUGGCUCUUAAAUUGUUGAACUCAAUGCACUCAUAAGAUAUAUACGUGCUACGUCUCUCAGCUUGUACAAGUUUUUUGCUGUGAAAAUUUUGCUGCCAUAACAUGUUGUGACUUACGAGCUUCGGUAUUAGUUGUAGAAUAUUGAGUGUUCAGAUAUGUUUAGGCUGGCAACUUUUUUGUCUCUUUUGUUUACAUGAAUCCAUAUUCAAAUUAAGUUACAAUUUUGAUUAGUAA